GCUCCCUUUCUGAUUCAGGGUAGACCUCCAAGACAGCAACCAAGACCAAGCUAUCUUGAAAACAGGGGGAGAGAGAGGAAAGGAAAGGAGAUAGCAGUAACAGUAAUGGCGACCAAGCAAGAAGAGCAACAGAACAACCAGGCCGGAAGGCAUCAAGAGGUCGGCCACAAGAGUCUCCUACAGAGCGAUGCCCUCUACCAAUACAUACUUGAAACCAGCGUGUACCCUAGAGAGCCGGAAGCCAUGAAAGAGCUUCGAGAGUUGACAGCAAAACACCCAUGGAAUAUCAUGACGACUUCCGCCGAUGAAGGUCAGUUCUUGAACAUGCUCCUCAAACUCAUCAACGCCAAGAACACCAUGGAGAUCGGCGUUUAUACAGGAUACUCUCUUCUCGCCACCGCCCUUGCUCUCCCCGACGACGGAAAGAUCCUGGCCAUGGACAUCAACCGGGAGAAUUAUGAAUUGGGUCUCCCGGUAAUUCAAAAGGCUGGAGUAGCGCACAAGAUAGACUUCCGUGAGGGCCCUGCUCUGCCUGUCCUCGACCAGAUGAUCGAAGACGGGAAGUAUCACGGGUCAUUCGAUUUCAUAUUUGUGGACGCGGACAAGGACAAUUAUCUCAACUAUCACAAGAGGCUGAUAGAGCUGGUGAAGCUUGGUGGUUUGAUCGGGUAUGACAAUACUCUUUGGAACGGAUCGGUGGUGGCUCCACCGGACGCGCCCCUCCGCAAGUAUGUGAGGUACUACAGGGACUUCGUUCUGGAGCUUAACAAGGCUCUGGCCGUGGAUCCCAGGAUCGAAAUAUGCCAACUCCCCGUGGGCGACGGAAUCACCCUCUGCCGCCGUAUCAGCUGAGGCCAAACUCCACAAUCUAAUCCCUCAAUUCCCAACUCACCAGAAUGGGGCGAUCAAGAACAACGAUGGAGUCGAGAAACUUCUUCAUUUUCCUUUUUUAUAUUUCUUCCAUUUGACGAUAUUUGAAAUCUUUAAUUUCAUGAUCCUCAUAGCCUAAGACGAGAUCGUUUAAGGAGGAUUAUUGUUAUCAUGUCAACGUAUUGUUGUUAAUGGCUUAAUGCAUAAAAUUUAGUGGUUGUCUGUUGUUCGUGGAAAAAAAAGAGAAUAAAAUCUCUCUGAUAGUCCGAAAUGCUCUUUUGCCAAACUG